GUCGGUCAGUGGUUGUAUUGGUGCCGACUUGGACGGACCUAGACACGCCCGCGAGCCCUGUUGUUGUUUUCUCAACAAAGUAGACAAUAACCUAACAAGAAUAACUAGAAAUAACAAUUAACUCCACAGAAACUCACAAAUUUAACACGCUCUGGUUGUGAAAACUAUGACACAAUUUCAUUUGUAAAAACUGACUAUUGAGGAAGUUUAACACCACUAAAUUUCUAACCGAAAAAUGGGACAUUGUUGAAGAGGAAAAUUUUGACUCUGAAGUGAUUGUGACGUUGAAUUGUGACAAAGAGAUGAUAGUAUACCCUCCGCCCGUGACCAUGGCGACCAGACGAGGGGUGCAUCCGAGAUUUCUGAAGAAGAUGACGAACAUCAAGACUCCCAAACGGCAGGUGGUGCAAUGGAAACAGACCAAUGUCGAACAUGGUGUUGUCAUUGUGGACGAGAAACAGUUGCUCAAACUGAUAAAGACUGAACCCAUCGAGAAAUACUACGAUUUGGACCCUGAACCUUUUGCUACGGGAUUGUUUGCCAAUGUUCGCCGCUGCCGCAGCCGGGAGACCGGGGAGGUGUUUGCCGCCAAGUUCUCCAGCAGGGCGCGCUACGGCGAAGACUGUACCCAGGAGAUCCACCACGAGAUCGCGCUGCUGUCGCUUUGCUCGCCUUCUCCCAGGAUCGUCCGCCUCCAUGAUGUCUUCCAGUCGAGCAAAGAGGUCAUCAUCGUGAUGGAGUUCGCCCCUGGAGGAGACAUGCAGACCAUCAUUGAUGACAAUUUGGUCCCGUUCGAGUCGGACGUGGUCAAGUUCGUCCAGCACGUUGUAGAGGGACUCGCCUACCUGCAUCACCGUAAAAUUGUGCACCUUGAUAUCAAGCCACAGAACCUGGUAAUGAUGGGCGAUUUCCCUGACUGUGAUGUGAAAGUUUGUGAUUUUGAAAUCUCCAGAGUCAUCGUGGAGGGGACAGAAAUUAGGGAAAUCCUGGGAACACCCGAGUAUGUUGCACCAGAGAUCCUGCACUAUGAACCAAUAACACUUGCAGCUGAUAUGUGGUCUUUGGGUGUGACGACAUAUGUUCUACUCACCGGAUUCUCACCUUUUGGUGGAGAGACAGACCAGGAGACUUUCCUCAACAUCUCCCAGGCAGCUCUGGACUUUCCUGAUGAGCUCUUCGAGGACAUUUCUGAUGAUGCAAAGGACUUCAUCAAGAGAUUACUUGUCAGAGAUCCAAAGAGCCGAAUGACUGCCCGAGAGUGCCUGAGGCACAGAUGGUUAGCGUCCAACCGCAAACCCAAUGGGACCAAGACUUCACCAAGACCAGACACCAUCUCUUCUCCAGAUCCUGCUCGGAGAGUCGGCUGUUCAUCCUGCCCUCCGUCCACCAACCAGAAGAACCUCCGCAAGUACCUGUCCAAAUCCAGAGAGGCUCUUUUUGAAAAAGUGAUCUCCCGAUCCAAAGAUCUCCCGCAAGAGAAUUUGAGAAAGUCCACACUAAUGUCUCGCUACAACAAGACCCGCAGGAUGUGUGAGAGUCAGAUGUCCUUGGUCUCCAAAUCCCGAGAACGUCUGCUUAUGUCUGAUCAACAGUCUAUGAUGGCACAGAAUCUCCACAGAUCUAGAGAGAAAUUGUAUGGGCUGAGAAGUCUAUCAAAGUCACAUGAAGUUCUCAACCUGUGCAAAACUGUUGGGGCUCUUAACUCUGAUUUUAGUGUACCUGAAUCUUCACCAUUGCGUGGAAUUUUGAAGAAGCUCACCAGAGCUACUACAACUGAUUUUUCAACUUUGGCGGGAGAGAUCAAAGAAAGAAAUUCAAACUGUUCUUCAACAUCCAGUUUGAAUGAGAAGGAUAAGACUAACCCUGAGAAAGCAUCUAAAGAGCAACUAGAUAAGGAAACUUCCAAUAGUGCAACUACUUGUUCGGAAACAGAGAAAAGUUCAAAACAAGAUUUAGCCAUACCACCAGAAGUCCAACCACUUCAGUCUGUUUUGACUUUUAUGUGUAAUAACAACAUCAAUAAUGAACCAAAAAACGAUUCUUCAAAAAAUGAAGACUGUAAUAAAGAAAAUGUAGCAGUUGAUAAUCAUGAAACGGGUGAAUUCAUAGAAGUUAAAAAAGAAGAUGAAAUUACUCAUGAGAAGAAAGAAAAGCACAGACCACCACCUCUGUUUACCAAGCAGUUGUCAAUUCUUCAAUCUGAUGAUGAUCCUCAGUCCCCAGAAGCUAAUCUUGAUUCGUUAUCGUUGACUGAAGGUACGAGUACUUCGUGUUCUGAAAUAUCUGACGAAGACGCUGGCAGUCUAGAAAGAAUUACAGGUGAUAUCUCAACUGAAGAAGAUGAGCCAAGGUACACUGUAGCUCAGUUAAUUUCUGCUUACAACCUUCAUCAAGAAAUAGUCACAAAAUGCUCCCUUGAAGUAACCAUGAAUGCAGAGAACGUGGAAACGAAAAUACCUCCACUGAUUGAGAGGGUUCCAAAUAAGAAAUUCCCCACCGGCCCUAAUGCUCUGAGACUCUUUAUCCCAAAUAUUGACAUAGCUUCCAGGUGUACAAAACGAACUGCCAGAAAGAAGCCAACAAUGAGACCAGCACCAAAAAGAAUAGAAGAGAUUACAGAAGAAACUAAAGAUAAUAUAGAAUCAAAUACACCUUCAGGACCACUUACUCUAUCAGAAAAUCUAAUUUGUGAAAAUUCUCUUACUGAUUCAAAAUCACCUGACAAAAUUGUUAAAUCUCUAUCAAUCGAUGUUGUAAAGUCAGUCCCUCUCAAGUACAAAGUGGAGAAGAGUGAAUCCAAAGAGAAGUGCCGACUAUCAAGUGACAACCUUCCCAGGAAUUUUGUGCGCUCCAGCUCCAUCUCUAGUGAAGCUAGUUUUAAAUCUAGUGGUGCAUCCAGUAAUGUAACAACAUCAAUGGAAGAACUAUCGCCUAAUGAAAGGAAACCCCGUAGUAAUAGAUCUUCAGGCAUUGCCUCAAGUGAUGGUGACCAGUCAGUAGAUACAUGGGGAAGAGCACUCAACUCAACCGCUGGCUCAUCUAGAACAUCCGACAAAUCAUCUCACACUACACCAAGGCCAAACAGAAAGUCCUUUUGCAGCCCAAGAGGCCCCGUCAUCCACACGGACUCUAAAACCAGGAGGAAGUCAAGUCCAAUAAUGAAACCGUUUUACUAAUGCAAUAAUCACUUAAAAAAUGAAAAUGCAGCUAUUGACUUUUUUGGUAAAGAUUAUUAGGACUAUAUUCUGCAUUUCUCUUUUUAUAAGUGAUAUUAUUGUGAUUGUGAUUUGCUCAAUUCAUUGGAUCUACAAAGUGUCAUUUUUGUUUGUAACAUUUAUCUCAAUUGUGUUCAAAGAAAUUUCUGUCAGUUCUUUAUUAUUUCUAGAAUGAGAUGACGUUGAUCAAGCUCUACGGAGACUAGUAAAGAGUUCCGCUUUCAAGAAGUUGACGUGUUCUAAUAAAGAAUUGUCUGUCUUGACCUUUAGUAGCUUUUCUAGUGCCAAAUAAACUAAGACAAUGGACAAUUUUGUGCUAAGUGUGGGUUCUAGUCAUAUAACAUGAAUGGCCCACACAAAUUUUGCACAGACCCUUAGUUUUGUAUAAGCUUACACCUAAAAAGGUGAUACUUUGCUACCACCCUAUUCAAAAUGUUUGAGAGGGCUUUAGUGUUUACAAAUAAGUUAGCAUUCCAUUGUAUUUUGUGUAAAGACAUGAGGAAAUUAUGUAUUAUAAAUCUAAUGUAAUGUUUUGUUGUGCAUUAUGACAUGUAUAGUGUAAGUUUCUUAAAAGACAAUUUAUUUUUCAAUGUAAAUACCCGUGAUUUCAUUCAAUAACUCAAUACAAAAAUACUACCAUUUUGAACUCAAAACAUAACCUUCAAACACUUAAACAAGCAAAUAAAUUAUUAUUUAAGUCUAAUUAAUAUUUAUUUUAUUUAUUUAUUUAUUGCUCAUUGAAUUAGUCUUAUGAUAUUGUUCAAAAUAUCCAUAUGUCUAGAUCGUGAUGCGUUGUCUUGUACAAAUGUAAAAAGAGUUGUCUGUAAAGAAAGCUCUGUCAAGAGACAAAUAAAGUUUCCAAUAACUAA